AUGGCGAAUCCAGGCCUAGAAGACCAAGGCACCAUCGACCUUGCAGAGUACAUCUUGAGAAGAUUGAUCCAGCUCGGCGUUGGAACUGUUCACGGCGUUCCUGGAGAUUACAACCUCACCAUCCUCGACUACAUCAAGCCUCUGGGCCUUACCUGGGCCGGCAAUGCAAACGAGCUCAACGCAGGAUACGCUUCCGAUGGUUAUGGAAGAAUCAAGGGGAUCGCAGCCAUGAUAACCUCCUUUGGCGUGGGAGAGCUCUCUGCUAUCAAUGCCAUCGGAGGUGCCUUCGCUGAGAAGUCUCCCGUCGUGCACCUUGUUGGAACUGCCCCCCAGUCAGCUCAGAAGACCAAGGCCUGUGUGCAUCACACCCUGGGCAAUGGUGACUACAGAGCCUUUCCAGAGAUGAACAAGUACGUGACUGUGGCUCAAGCAAACCUUACCGACGCCGAGUCAGCCCCGGGUCUGGUCGACGCAGCCCUCAAGGCUUGCAUCUUGCACAGUCAGCCGGUAUACAUCCAGCUCCCAACCAACCUGGUCAAGGCUCAGGUGCGGGCUCCCACGACGCCCAUUGAUCUUUCACAUCCCGGAUACGACGAAGGAUACGAAAACAAGGUGCUGGAUGCCCUUGUUGAGAAACUUCAGAGCGCCAAAAAGCCAGUGAUUCUCAUGGACGGUUUGACCGCCCGCUUCCACAUCAACGAGGUGAUCAACGAGUUCGUACGGAAGACUGGCUUCCCUACACUAUCCACACCAUUCGGAAAAGGCAUCGUCAACGAAAAUCUGCCCAACUAUCAGGGCAGCUAUGAUGGCGCCGUUGGAGACGAAUCCACCAAGCAGCAAAUUGACGACGCAGACCUCAUACUGAACUUCGGGCCGUUGUACUCGGAUGUAAAUGCAAUCGGCUUCAGCGCUGUGCCCAGGGCGGAUGUCACAGUCGUCUUUGAGACUCACGCUGUCAAGUUUGGCCCGGAGCCGGCCGACCCCAAAGGCCGUGCCAUCCAGAUCAAGUCCUUCAUGACGAAGCUGCUCAAGCGCCUCGAGACCACGCAGCUACCCAAGAUCCAGCCAUUCACCAGGGGCGCUUCUGUCUCGCCGAAUCUGCUGAAAGCCCUCAAACCGGCUGCGGAUGGCGAUCCCCUCAAGCAGGACGAAUUCUGGUUGCGCAUGUCCAAGUAUCUCAAGCCCGGAGACCUUCUCCUCACAGAGGCAGGGACGAGCUUUGCGGGCGCGAAUACGUUCAUUCUCCCGGAAAACACCAUCCUUCUGAACUCUUGCCUAUGGCUUUCCAUCGGCUAUACGCUUCCCGCCCUGCAGGGAAGCGCUCUGGCUCAACGAGAACUGCGCAAGGAGGGCCACAAGGAAGGCACUCGCUCAUCGGGUCGAGCCAUCCUCUUUAUAGGUGAUGGGAGCCUUCAAAUGUCCGUCCAGGGAAUCAGCGACAUCAUCCGGAACAGGAUUGAUGCUACCAUUGUCGUCAUAAACAAUGACGGCUACACGGUCGAGCGAGUCCUUCACGGCUUUGAGGAGAGCUACAACGAAAUUCAGCCCUGGAGGAACACUCUGGCCCCAGCCUUCUUCGGCGCGCCGGAGAAUGAUCCUAAUUACCCCGUGAUCACGGCUCAGGUGAGGAACUGGGGAGAGUUGUGGAGUGUGUGGGAACGCAAGGACGUCCAGGCCGGUAAAGGUCUGGCUAUGAUCGAGAUCUUCAUGAACUGGGCGGAUGCUCCAAAGUUGCUCGUGGAGGUUGCUGCCUAUGUAGCCAAUAGAAACAAGGCGAUGGAGGCAUAG